AUGGAAGACCUUUUCCAAAUAGAUAAUAUAAAUGACAAGGUUGACGACCUAAAUCUGUUAUCUGACCGAAAGGUAUAUAAGACGGUCGCCUACAGUACUACUAGUGGGGGAGCAGUUUCAGGAAAGAAGAUGAUGCAAGCUGUUGUCAAUUUAGUAGUGUCAGCUACUCUUAGCAUCCUACAGUUCCUCAGUGAUGUGUGGCAGAUACAUAUAGCUCUACCGAGAGAUGGGCUAGUACCGGAAGCUGGAUUAAUCGUUAACAAACUGCUAUUUCAGUUGUUUGGGAAAGACAAAUUCAAGAAACUUGAAUAUCUUUGUCAGUUUUACCAUAAAUUUGGCUUAUUUAAAUACGAGGGGAAAAUUUACAUAUUUGAUGAACAUUUGGCACAAACUGUUAUCAAUAAACUAGAUAAAGUGACGGACAAUUAUGCCGACGACACCCCACUCAAAGAUUCUUUUUUGAGCUCGUCUGAAGCAAUGCCAGACAGUGAUCGUGUCAUUGAAUCUAUUUUUCGCAAAACAUCAAUUUACGGACGCAGUUCUUUAGUAAUCCGUGACUUAGACAUACUCUGUAAGAAUAUACUAGAAAUGAAUGAGUCAGAGCCAAUCAACUUUACCAAACUGAGCCUCAGACUUGCCCUUGACAUGGCCGGUCACGUGCUUCUAGAACUGGACCUCGGUGGACAGGAGGGAAGACAGGACCGUCUGCUAGAAACAAUGAUGACCAUUCUACAUAGGUGCUAUGCUUUGGAAGAGAUUUCCAGCAAAAGCAAAGAAUUUGCGAAGGCAGUAGACGAACUGGACAAUCUGACGUCACAAAUCCUAACGGAUGCGGUCAACACUGAUGAUAACAACGUUAAAGCGAGGCGACUAGUUUCCCAGCUAUACGACGCGUGCGGUUACGACAAAGCUAAAGACAACAUGAAGGUAUUUUUGAUGGCGGGAACAGAGUCGACUGCAUCUGUUCUACCCAUUAUGUUCUACUUGCUCGCCAAAUACCCACAAGUACAGAAAGAACUCCAAACAGAAGCUGAGCAGAAUGUGGAUAAUAUACGGAAAGACCCGAACUUGCCAUUACCGAAGAUAGAUAGUGUCAUCAAAGAGGUUCUCCGACUUUACCCAAUCGUACCAUUUAUCCGGAGACAAAACGAGAGACCCGUCACUAUAGGCAACUUCAAAUUAAAGGAGCGCAGCGAAAUUAUGGUGUUUCUUUGGGGAAUGCAUCGAUCUCCGUACACAUGGAACCGAUCGACAAACUUCGUUCCGUUCCGGUUUUACAAAAACCUGUCUAGAAAAGACAGUUCCAAUUUAUAUAUUCCGUUUGGAGACGGAUCGCGUAUGUGCAUCGCUCAGCACUUGGCUAGGCUGGAAAUCCGACUGACUAUGGCGGUCCUGUUAAAUGCCUUUGACUUCAGACUGGUGAAGGAAACACAGGACCUUCAGUUUGUGGUGGACUGGACACAUUCUGUGAUCCAUCCCGAUAGGGACAUGUUCUUCCGUGUCGUACCCAGGGCAAUGCCUGCUAACGCGUAA